AUGCUUACCACAGAGUCCUGCCCAAAAGACACACCCUCCCUGUCUCCACAGACCCCCGACGGUGUUCCCAUCAAGCAGGACUCCCUGUCUUCUCAAAACCAGGUUGGCAUCUUGUCCCAGUCUUGGAACAUCCCGGAGCUGGUCAACAUGGGGCAGUGGAAAAUCGAGGUCCACUACGAAGAUGCCCCGCAGCAGGUCUUCUCCGCUGAGUUCGAGGUGAAGGAAUAUGUGCUGCCCAGUUUUGAGGUCCAGCUGGAGCCUGAAGAGAAAUUCUACUAUAUCGAUGACCCAGAGGGCCUGGAGGUCACCAUCACAGCCAGGUUCUUGUAUGGGAAGAAUGUGGAUGGAACAGCCUUCGUCAUCUUUGGGAUCCAGGAUGGUGACCACAGGAUUUCGCUGGCCCAGUCCCUCACCCGUGUUACGAUAGAAGAUGGCACUGGGGAGGCCAAGCUGAGCCGAAAGGUCCUGCUGGACGGGGUGAACCCCUCCCAAGCAAAUGACUUGGUGGGGAAGUCCUUGUACGUGUCAGUCACCGUUGUCUUGCACUCAGGCAGUGACAUGGUGGAGGCGGAGUACAGCGGGAUCCCCAUCGUGACCUCCCCCUACCAGAUCCACUUCACCAAGACACCCAAGUACUUCAAACCAGCCAUGCCCUUUGACCUCAUGGUGUUCGUGACAAACCCUGACGGCUCCCCAGCCCGCCACAUCCCCGUGGAGAUCACAGGCACCAAAGCACAAGCCUUAACCCAGGAAGAUGGUGUGGCCAAGCUGACCAUGAACACACCCAAGCACCCGCAGCCGCUGCUCAUCACCGUAAGCACGAAGAAGGAUGGUAUCCCACAGUCUCGACAGGCCACCAGGAAUAUGGAGGCCCAACCCUACACCGCCAUGGGCGACGUCAAAAACUACCUGCAUCUCUCCGUGCCUCGCUUGGAGCUCAAGCCAGGGGAAACCCUCAAUGUCAAUUUCCACCUGCGAGCAGACCCCAACCAGGAGCGGACCAUCACCUACUACACCUACUUGAUCAUGAACAAAGGGAAGAUUUUGAAGGUGGGCCGCCAGAAGCGGGAACCUGGCCAGGACCUGGUCGUCAUGCCUCUGACCAUCACUACGGACUUCAUUCCUUCCUUCCGCCUGGUGGCUUAUUACACACUCCUUGACAACAAGGGCCAGAGGGAGGUGGUGGCCGAUUCCGUGUGGGUGGAUGUCAAGGACUCCUGUAUGGGCACGCUGGUGGUGAAAGGUGGCAGGAAGGACGAGAGGCCACACCUGCCUGGACAGCAGAUGAUCCUCAAGAUCGAGGGUGACCCGGGGGCCCGAGUGGGGCUCGUGGCGGUAGACAAGGGUGUGUUCGUGCUGAACAAGAAGAACAAGUUGACUCAGAGCAAGAUCUGGAACGUGGUGGAGAAGGCAGACAUCGGCUGCACGGCGGGCAGCGGGAAGGACUAUGCCGGGGUCUUCACGGACGCGGGGCUGGCCCUCAAGACCAACAAAAACCUGCAGACGGCCCAGAGGACAACUCUUGAGUGCCCCAAACCAGCCGCCCGGCGCCGCCGCUCCGUCCGGCUCAUGGAGAAGAGACUAGACAAAGAGGGCCAGUACCCGCUGGACGUGCGCAAGUGCUGCAAGGAUGGCAUGCGGGACAACCCCAUGAAGUUCCCCUGCGAGCGCAGGGCCCAGUUCAUCGUCCACGAGGAGAAGGAGCGGUGCGUGAAGGCCUUCCUCGACUGCUGCAACUACAUCACCCAGCUGCGGCUCCAGCACAGCCACGAUGGCCCCCUGGGACUGGCCAGGAGUGACUUGGACGAGGAGAUAGUGCCAGAAGAGGACAUCGUUUCCCGAAGCCAGUUCCCUGAGAGCUGGCUGUGGACCAUAGAGAAUCUCAAUGAACCCGAGAAAAAUGGAAUCUCCACGAAGACCAUGAAUGUGUUUUUGAAAGAUUCCAUCACCACAUGGGAGAUUCUGGCUGUGAGCUUGUCGAAGAACAAAGGUGAGAGAAGGCAGUGGCCCCACCCUCGGGAGGCAGGGACCCCAGGGCCACUGGCAUUUUCUCACCCCAUCCAGAGAGAUCCCUGUUUCUUGGUGGCUGGAGGGGUGUCAGAUCCUACUCUGUGGGUGACAUGGUCAGUGCUUUUUGUAGACAGAUUUUAUUUUGAGAGCAGUUUUAGGCUCACAGCAAAAUUGAGGGGAAGGUACAAAGAUUCCCCACACACCCUCAUUCCACCUCCCCACAUGCACAGUCUGCCCGGCUACCAGCACCCCACAUCCAGCACGGGCCCGGCAUCACAACCCCAAGUUCAUAGUUGACGUUAGGGUUCACUCUUGGUGUUGUACAAUCUAUAGGUUUCGAACAAAGGUAUAAGGACGUAUAUCCACCAUUGCAGUAUCAUACAAGAUAAUUUGCAACCACAAACACCCUUAAAAGGUGAUGUCGAUAGGCUGGUGGGUAGAGCAAUUAAGAAAACAUAGAAGAGGAAGCAGAAUGAAAUGCAUGAUUGGAACAUCGGUGGUCAGGUUAUGAAACCUGGCUGUCCCGGGCCCUCUACUGCGGAGAGCCGGCCGUGAGAGCCUGGGGAGUCCUGCCCGACACGGGUGGUCUCGAGCAGGGCAGGGAGCAGGAUGAGAAGAGGGACGCACGAACUUUAAGCGCCAAUUUUAAGUGGCGCCAAAAAACUCUGGCGCCCAGAUAAGUAAUAUUUUCAUGCAAUCAUUUUAUUUU